AUCAUCACUUCUUUCGGGAAUAUAUAUGUAAGAGAAACAUCCUUAGUACUACUGAAUUUAGCACUCGAUUUUAGUCGAUAAGUCAGAUCUCCUAGGGUACUUGGCGUGAGAACGGUGAUGUAAGCCACGAGGUGCGAGUGUGAAACCAGCCAUUUAGUCAUUAAGGCUUACUCGUGAAAGUCAGUCUAAAAACAAAGCUGUGAUUAACAACAUUGAAUGUUGUGUCCUUGUUAUUACAGAGAAACAAUUCUAUUCGUUAUUCACGAACAACUUAGAAAAAAUAGAUAGAUCAUUAUAAAACAACAUUCUCGUUGGAAUUCACAAUGAACAAGAUAAACAAAUUGCAAUUUACCUUCACGGUCCGGAACACAACAGAUCUAAAAACGAAUGUGCUGUGUAUAACCUCAAUUGGCACACCGGACGGCCACGUGUACGCGGUUCCAGAUGAAUAUCAACCAGCAACACUUCACAAGGAAAUUAUAAAACUACCUGUAUUUAAUAAUGUGAAGAAUUCGCUGAAAAAAAGGCACCAAACAAGAAAGAUAUGGAUCAAUUUAACCGAAGAGUUAACCAACAUUUACUUAGACGAAGGAGGAAAUUUACAAAUAGGCGAGUUUUACCUAGAAGAAAUAGAAGAUAAACCGCAAACUACUAAUGUCGCAGAACAACCACUUAUAAAAAUGCUAGAAAAAUUACUUGAAAAAAGCCAAAACCAAUCGGAAAUUAAAAACAUAGGCAAAAUAGCAAAACAAUUUAUAAUUGACAAAUUUAAUGGGAAAAAUUCAAACGCAGAUCAGUGGAUCACAAGCUUUGAAAAAGAAUGUGAACGAUUCGACAUUUCUGACGACGAUAAAAAGAUUGAGAUCCUAAAAUCAUUUAUGGAUAAAGGUGCCGCAGAUUGAUAUAGUUGUACGCUAUUGAAACUUACUAUCGAAGCAGACUGGAGAGAGUGGAAAAGAACUUUUUGCGAAACAUUUGUUAAUAAA